AUGGCCGCCAGGAAAUCGGGCACCUCGAAUAAGAUGGGUGGAGGCAAGAAGGAAAACACGGUUCCGACUCCAGCGACCGUAGCCAAGGAUCAAGUAAAGCAUCAUUCCAAGUCACAGUACACGGGUGCUCCACCCCCUCGCAAUAUACAGCAACCGAGGAUCUCCACAACGAUACCACCGAGCCGGCAACCCACCUUCGCAGAUCCCAAUAGUGCAAGCUUGCACGGCGCCUUCAAUUCUCCACAUCUGAGCGGUGGAGGUCAACCCCACCAGCAAUCGCCUUACGGAGGAGCAUCGCAAGAUCCUAGCUACUACGCAUCGCAUCCCAGUCCUCAUUCCACGGCCAGCGCAUCUGGUCACUAUCCUACAGCAGGUUCCGAACAAAUGGCGGCAACCGCGCACAUGCAGCGUCCUUAUCCACCCAUUUAUCACACGCCUCAAUCGAAUUCACCGGCCUCGGUAGCUUCUCCUCAGACACACGACCAGCACGGGAGAAGCAUGUAUGGACAGCCUCCUCCACAGCUAACCCAACCAAUUCAGCCAAUGUAUGCCUAUCCACAGUACUCACCGAUGAGCCAAGUACACACUUCACAAUAUGCUCCGCACUCAGGGCAGCAGCCUCACCACCCUAUGCCGCAUCACUCAAUGAUGCAACAUCCAUCUAGCAAUGCCACAAUCCCACAGCAACAGCCGAUGGGCCAGCCAGGUGGAAUGACCAGCAGUAGCCCUCGCUUGAGGGUGGAUCCAAUGCAGCACCAGCAGCAACCACAGCAACAGAUUCAGCACCACCAGCAGCAGCAGCAGCAGCAGCCCCAGCAGCCGCCCCAGCAACCACCUCAGCAGGCAACGCCAAGGAUGAUGCAGCAGCACACUCCAACCCAGCCAUCUUCUAUUGCUGCCAACAAUGUGAAUCUCGGGCAGACAGCACCGCCUGCGAUCAAUCCCAGCGCUGCUCCUGGACCCAUCCCGGCCACUACACCUUUGGUUGUAAGGCAGGACGGUAAUGGCGUGCAGUGGAUUGCAUUCGAGUAUUCACGAGACAGAGUCAAAAGCGAGUACACUAUUCGAUGCGACGUAGAAUCGGUCAACGUGGAUUCGCUCAGCGCCGAAUUCAAGAACGAGAACUGUGUCUAUCCCCGGGCUUGUUGUGGAAAGGAGAAUUACAAAGGGAAUCGGCUUAACUACGAAACCGAAUGCAAUGCGGUUGGUUGGGCUCUUGCAGAAUUAAACACGUGCCUCAGGGGGAAACGUGGACUGAUACAGCGGGCGGUGGACAGUUGGCGUAACAGCAAUCAAGACCCCCGAUUACGGAGUAGAAGGGUUAGGAGACAGGCCAAGGUCCAGCACAGGAACAAGACCGCUCAACAGGCAGGUCAAAUGGCAGGUCCUAGUCCUACGGGAGUGGCUGGAGUCACCGCUGGCAUGGGUACAACAGGGAUCAGAGCGCCCACUUCGGCCAUGGGCUCUAUGGGAGCCCCCCAACUGCAACACCACCACCACGCGCGUCCUGAGAUGUCGGCGUCGGGUCAGCAGGAUUCCAGUGCUGAAGUCGAUUACUCGUCCGCCUCUGGCUCCGCAUCGGCACCUCGACAACAGUCUGCUCAGAGUCACCCGAUUUCGACCCCGACCGACCUUCGAACCGGGCAAGUCUUUGCAGGGUACCCCGCCUAUCCUCCCACGUCUGCAGGUGGUUCGUCGAUGGCACCGUCCAGCUACAACCCGAUGGAUGCCCUCGGUCGUCCAGGCGGGCCCGGAACUAUGAUUUCUGCUCCAACCAGCGGUGUGCGAGAAACGCCCAAUGCACUCGGCGAUUUCCUGCCCGAAUCUAGAAAGCGAAAGAUCGAAGAAGUGGACAGCCAGCAGACAGGCGAGCGUCUUCGCCUUGGAAUGCAGUUCAACCACGAAGGCGGCGGCGGCGGCAGCAGCAUCUCGCCCACUUCCUACCGAACGUACGCCGACUUUCCUCGCUCCUCCUAUCCUUCGCAGAUGCCAGCUCCUGCAACGGCAGGACAGCUCUGUCACAAGGACCCUCUGGAUGAGGAGAACCCGUCGACGCUUGUGCGGACAGUACUUGAGGAGCGACAGCUCGAGCACACGAUGGACGACCAUACUUCAUUCUCUCUGGGGGAUCGUGCCGAAGGGAAGAAGAACUCCAGGAGUUAUGCUUGUCGAUCAACUCGAAAUCGAAUGAGACAGCUGCGGCAUGACCCAGACCAGCCCCAAUUCAUUGGCGUGAUUGAGCAAACCUGA